GAACUCCAUCUGGCGGGUUUUGACGCAUAUAGAAAAAAACCACGAACUGUAUCAAACCUUCGCCGCCUGUUUACGAUUUCCAGUCCUCUUUGUUGUAGUUUUAACAACAGAAGUUUAGGUAAAGCCUUUCAUUUUGUUCCUCAGUUCAGAGGUCUGUCUAAUCAUGCUCCUGAUGAAGAGACGGGAUCAAGAGCACAUCAAACGGAGUAACCCAGAGAUGUCACACUGAUGAUAGCUAUGUCUGUCAUUUGGCGGAUUUUUCAAGUUACCUCGCAAUUUAAAUCGCCAGCGGUUUCAUCUCUCAGGAAAUACUGUUUAAGCUUCAAGACUUUUAACUCCUUCAACGAUCAAAACUCAUCGACGUGUUUUCCUGACAAUCCGUUCAGCAUGUUGGGAUCUUUUAAAUUAAGUGAUUUUGGGUUGAAAGACUCAGAUUUUCAGGGUUUGUCAUUUAAAGAAAAAGAUGCAUACACGGUAUCUAUUGAAGGCAACAUUGGUAGUGGCAAAACUACUCUAAUUGAGUACUUCAAACGUUAUUCUUCAGUAGAGGCUUUUCCAGAACCUAUUGAUCAAUGGACCAAUAUUGAGGGACACAAUGCUUUGCAAUGCCUCUAUGAAGAUCCUAAGAGGUGGAGUUUUGCGUUCAACAUGUAUGCUCAAUUAACUCGGGUCCAAAUGCAUAACAAGAAGCCUGAAAAGCCUAUCAAAAUGUUGGAGCGGUCACUCUAUAGCACAAGACACUGCUUUGUUGAAAAUGAUUACCGAAAUAAUACCAUUAAUGGAAUGGAAUAUGCAAUACUAACAGGCUGGUUUGACUGGCUAGUGAAAUCGGAGAAGGCCUCUCUUGAUCUCAUUGUUUAUGUAAAAGCCGACCCAGAAGUCUGUUAUGAACGCAUCAAAAAGCGAUCUCGAAAAGAAGAGGCACUUGUUCCUUUUUCUUUGCUAGAGAAUCUGCACGCACUACAUGAGGAGUGGCUGAUUGAACAAAAGCAUAUGGCACCACAUGCACCUGUUGUGGUUCUGGAUGCCAAUAAAAUUAUGAUGGUAUGAAAGAGCUGUACGAGGAAAAUCGUCGACAGAUCCUGUGUGGUUAUGCCUAGUUUGAUAUAUAGAUUGUAUUUGAAUGCAUGAAAAUGUACAUGGUAUUUUAUAAGCAUUUUUUUGUGACAGUGUGGCUUUAUUACCUUCUUGGGUUUUUCCUACUCUGUAUGAAAGUAUAAGGUAACCAGCUGCAAUAUGACUAGCAUUUUUUGUAAAACCAUCAGUCCCUGCUGAGAUUAUUUUUGUGUGGUUUGGGAGGGUGGGAACAUUUCCUUUUAAGACGAUAUUUUGAAUUUUUCCUACUCGGGUCAUUUACAUUAUUUGCUGAAGACAUUUACACUGAGCAUGUCAUGUUUUUGUUUUUGUUUUUGUUUUUGUUUUUUUUUCUCUAGCACACUGAUGUGCUAUCAAAACAUUUGUUCACCUGUUUUGGCGCUAAUAAUGACAGAUACUAUCACAGUUCUGAUAUUAGUUUAUGUACAUCCAGUUUUCAUUUACCUUCUUUUAAAUUGGUUUGUGUUGUACAAACUUGCACUGCCUUGCUUAUGGACUGAAUACUUUGUUACCGAAAGGGCAUUUCAAUGACUUGUAUAUGAUAGCCUUAUGGAGCAUUUACUUUAUUACUUAUCUUUCUAUACUGCCUGUCUCUGUUCAGGUAGGCGAUGCUGAUGUUCCUUUUGUAACUUCAGCAUGUAACUUAGGUUACAUAAUGUCUGUUGACAUGUCUCUUGAUGAACAUGUUUUCCACAUUUGUUAUGCUGCAUACU